ACAAGUCGUUUUAUUAAGUGAUUUGCAAUGUGAUUAAGUUUUUUUUAAUAAAUAAAUUUGUAAAAUGGCAAAGAAAAAUAAAGUACAAAAGAAGAAAGCUAGUUCUGUUACAGAACAAAAAGUAGUUCAAGAAACAAAAAAAAUCGGUUCUAGCAAUAUCUGUUUAUUAGUAACAUCUAUAAUAGCUCUUCUAGUUGGUCUGGCUUGUUUCCAAUUUUAUGUCAACGUGAUUGCAGUUCCAAAUUUACCAGCGAUAGAUUUGAACGAAUGGUGGGGUACCAACACGACCAAACCAAAAGAUACUUCUAUAAGACCAUUUAGAGUUUUAUACAUUGAUUCUAUGCAAGAAGGUCUUCGUCGAUUAUUCGACAGUUACCGUAGACAUCCAAAGUUGAAAAGUUUAACCGAAAAUUCGAGCUAUGGCGUACACUCUGAUGCUUUUGGACAAUUCUUCGCGCAGUGGCAAUUUAAGUAUCCGUUUAGAGAUCGUGUGAGAUAUCUUAAUAAGUACGAGCAUUUCAAAACUUAUAUACAAGGAUUGGAUAUCCAUUUCGUUCAUGUGAAGCCUAAAGUUGAUGCAAACAUAAAGGUUUUUCCAAUCCUACUUAUUCACGGAUGGCCAAGUACUUUCAAGGACUUUUACGAUGUGAUACCAAUUUUAACCACACCAAGACCUGGAUAUGAUUUCGUAUUCGAAGUCAUCGUCCCCAGUUUGCCUGGAUAUGUUUAUUCACAGGCCACUAAUAAACGUGGAUUGGCACCAACUCAAAUAGCUGUAAUUCUCCGAAACCUGAUGAAGAAGAUCGGUCAUGAGAAGUUCUUUAUUCAAGCUGGUGAUAUUGGUCAUUUUAUAGGAUCACAUAUGGCAACAUUAUUCCCUGAUCAAGUGCUAGGCUUCCACACGAAUACGCCAAUUAAUGCUUCCAAGUUGGCUAAUUUGAUUUGGCUACUUGGAUCUAUUUGGCCAACAUUGGUUGCUGGAGAUCAGGCGGAUAAAAUGUAUCCGAUUAGCGAGAAAUUGAGUUAUUAUUUGGAAGAAUCUGGUUAUAUGCAUUUACAGGGUACCAAGCCCGACACGAUAGGGUACGUUUUACAAGACUCCCCCGUUGGACUAGCUGCGUAUAUGCUUGACAGAUACAUGGCGUUCUCAAACUCUUCGUUCAAGAAUACAGAAGAAGGUGGCUUAGAUAAUAUAUCCACUUUUGACAUGCUGGAUAAUGUGAUGCUGUACUGGAUAACAGGUUCUAUGACGUCAGCUAUGAGACUGUACAAAGAGACUUUUGCUAGUGAAACGGAAUUGAUUUUGGCAAGAAUCCCAACUCCUGUACCUACUUGGGCUCUAAGGUUAAAAUACGAAUUGUGCUAUCAUCCGGACUGGCUUCUUAAAUUGAAAUACCCUUCGUUACUUGGUACCACCUCAUUAAAUGACGGUGGACAUUUCGCUGCCUUGGAGAAACCUAAAGAAUUAGCAGCUGAUGUUUUUAAAGCUGUGAAAAGUUUUCUAGAAUUUUAUAGAAAGAAAUAAAUUUAA